AUGGAGAAUUGGUGGCGCUGGGGUAUAGUAAUGGCGCUCUGCUUACCACUUAUCGCAAUUCUGAUUGUCGACAGUAAGGAACUCCGGCCAUCGGGUCACGGACUACCUAACGAGGCAGAGGCGCCGGAAACGGCCCAAGCAGAUUCUCCGCAGAUGUCAUCGUUCUUCGGUGGCGGGUUCUCUUCAACCACACAGCCACUACCGGAGGCGAAAAACUUCAGUGAUCCGUCGUGGAGUAGCCGCCGCGUAGGCGGUGGAGAUCACGUGAGGAAGGUGUUGAUAGUGUCCAGCUUAGUUUGCGGAAUAGCAGGCAUCUUUUUGCUGGUUGUCGCAGGAUUUCUUUUCCUCCAUCGAUUCAGAAAUCAAAGAUCAACGGUAGUGCUUUCCAGCUAA